AACCAAAUCGGGUGCUUCACCGGGACAUCGGUGGCGUUCUUGGUUACCGUGUUGUGCAGUUUGAAACUUUCUUUUUACUGUCUAUCUAUGAAAACAACUAGCAACAACUAACGUUACUUCGUUGAAUGUGAAUCCUAAUUGAUCGGGUGAUGUAUUUUGGUGGCAAAGUACUUUCGCCAUAAAUAGACUGCCAACGAUUCUUUUCAGGAUAACUCACCCAAGAACAUGUGAAGCACUUCUUUGUCAUCAGAUGGAUAUAACGAGGGGCUGUUUGGAAGAUAUUUCCCGUCCUGCCUCGAGUGACCGUAUCCGUAUUGGAAGUCGUGUAUCAACAGCAUCUUUAGGCGAGGGUGGCAGAAUUAUCCGUGCAAGUCCGACGUCCCUGGAAGUACUUAGUUCUGAUACCAUAGAAGAACAGGUUCACACAAUGGUCUUUGAAGCUAAAAGCUUUGCAGAAAACAUUUCUGAUGAGGAUGCCCCAGGUGAUCAUCUCCCUUCAGAGACAUCACAGACAGAUGGUUUGGAUGAAGAGAAUGAUGAUCCAGAGUUGCAGAUGGCUAUUAAGAAGAUGAAGAGACUGGACAAAAUCCUGGCUCAGAAGGUCUCCAAAGAAAAGGAAGUGAAAAAGAAAGGGCGAGAGCUUUCCCAAAAGCUAUGGCGGGAGCUGCAGGAACUCCCAACAAGAGGUAGCUGCAAGGAUGUUAUUGAAAACACAAAGUUCUUUUUGGCCUUGACAUCCUCCACAUCUCAUGAGUCCAAUGUUGAGCUGGACGUUGUUCCCGUCUUUGGGACUCAGAUUCCUGAAAAAGAGUAUCCCAGUCAGGAAUGUGUGCAAGGUGAAAGUAAGAAGAGUGACUCAGCAACAGACCCAUCUGAAGUGGAUCAGGAGCAGGACAAAGAGGGCAAAGCAGACAGUAGACAGACGGGGGACGCCACAGGCAAGCAGACACAGAACUUUGUGACAAAAAACAUUGAGCUGGCAAGCUCUGGCCACCACGUGCCCAUGACACUCGAUGAGAAGCAGAGGCUCUGUGAGCUGCUCCAGGACAUGGACAACGAGAGUGAAGAGCACUGCAGUACUGUUGCCCUCCACGAGGGGAUGACAUCUAUGUGUACCAUGUCAAUCCCACUGGGUGAGGGCUACACUCCGGAACCUUCUGAACUGGAUCAGCUCGUCCAAAUUGAUUCCAGACUGCACACCCUGCUCCCUCACGAAGACUUCCUCUCUGUGCGAAGCCCCUACCCUGACCACAACUUGCCCCAGGUGAUGGAGGUGGAGCUGUGUGUGGCGGAGGAGGGGGCUCUGGGGGAGAGGGCGCUGCGGGCCGUGAGGGAGACCAGGCAGCAGGAGGCGCGCCUCAGGGACAUCCAGCAGCAGCUGGACACCAUGGAGCACAGCCACACUACCAGCAUGGAGCUGCCCAGGCUACCGGAGGAACAGCUGCAGAGCCUGCUGCUGGAAUGUGAGCUGGCCCUGAGCAGGGCCCAGAGUCUGGGCACACACCGUUCGUCACCCCGGGGAUCUUCCAGUGCCGCCUCGGAGGUGGAGGGUGACUGGUCACCCCCGCUCCCCUGCACACCCCGACUCUCUAGCGCUGCCCUGUCGGAGCUGCUCAGGGAGUUUGGGGUCACCUCAGCGUCAGACACCCCAGUGGACACCGCUAUGCCUACCGAAGAGGAAGAAGGAAGAUGAGAACCGGUGCGUGUGAGGGUCUCCCUGUGUUUCAUAUGCUCCCUGUAGUGUGCCUGUGAUAUGUUAGAAAGAAUGUUACAUUUGAAUGUUUUAACUAGUUGUGUAAAGAAGAAGAGAAGAAACAAUGUUUAAAAUGCACAAAGAAGUAAUAGACAGGCACAUACAGACACAUACAAGCUUUCAGAAAUCAAAUUGAUAUUCUGUGGACCAUUUCUUUCAAAACAUCACCAUUUGAGCUCCUGUGUUCUACAGACCUGUCACCUCUUACAGAAACGUGUCUAAGGUCAGGUCCAAAUAUCCGAUUUUAGCCACCCAAAUAUUUACACUCUUUGCAAAUAUGGUAUCGGGAACUAUUAGCAACUGAUAGAGACAUUCCAGUGAAUUCAUCUUCAAGCAUAGAUGGGCUCUGGGGGCCUAGCUGAAACACGUAGCUGGCUGUUGCAGCAGGGAGUCAGUUGUUGAGGUUACAGGUUGAAAAAGAGCAUUCCACAAGUUCCAUUGCCCCGAAGGCACGGCUGAAAAUGGCCAUAGCCCAUUCAAUUAUAACUUAUACGUUUUUGUCUCAUUUUUUCUUAUCUUUCCAAUGUGUCACUUUCAUAGUAGAUUAAAAAUUAUUUUUGUGAAAACUCAAAUGAUUUCUUUGACUCUUUGUUCUCACAAGAUGCUUAGUACAAGAUUAAAUCUUAGAUGUUUAAAGACAAAAUCAGAAAAAGAGCAAAAAGUGUUUUCAACACCUCUUUAUGGUCUGGCUGUCUAAGUAGUGCUCCUGUCAGCUGACUCCUGCACUUGAAAGGAAACUUAAAACU